CCCCCGCUCCUUCCCGCGCAUCCACCUGCUCUGGCAUUCCGCCCUGCUGCCGACGCUGCCUCCUGCCGCGGGCGGGAACUGGGCGCGCUUCCCUCGCCGGCGGCGAGCCGCAAAAAGACCGCGAAAGGGGCCGCGAGCCGCCGUCCCGGGCAGCUGCCGGGACAGGGAUCGGGACUGGAAUUCGUGAAAGAGACAGAGAGAAGCUGUUUCAGCUGUGGGUUCCAGCAACAUGGAGAAUGAUAUCAGCUUGAAGUUCCAUCAGCAGCUUUUCCUUAUUAGUGAAAAUCUGGUGACUGAAGAUGUAGCAGCUUUAAAAUUUCUCUGUACUGACUUGCUCCACCUCAGUAAACUAGAAGGUGUGAAGUCAGCAGCAGACAUCUUCAAGCUCCUUAUGGCUCAAGAAUAUCUGAAUGUAGAAGACACUUUCAUACUAGCUGAACUCUUAUACAGAAUUAAAUGUCACUCCUUGCUUGAGAAACUUGGUUACACCAAGGAGAAAGUACAAGAACGUCUGAGUGAGAAGGGAAGAAUAUCUCCAUACAGGCAGAUGCUGUAUGAAUUGUCAGAGAACAUCACCAGUGUGAUGUUGAAGGAAAUCACAUUUCUCCUGAGAGACCAUCUUCCAAAGCGAUGCAUGAUUCUUUCUGCUUUGGAUUUGCUGACUUUAUUGGAAAAGCAGAGCCUUUUAACUAAAGACAAUGUAAAGAUACUGGAGGAUGUCUUUAUGACCAUUUCACCUGAUCUCCUGGAGACAAUAGACCUCUACAAAAAGGGAAAAGAUAACAAGGCUGCUAAUUUUACACAAGGCUUCCCUGAAGUAAACCUGGAGCUGCGUGGAGAAUUCAGCAAUGUAGAAAAUGAAUCCAAGACUAUGAAAAGCUACAAAAUGGAUGGGCCACACAGAGGAUUUUGUCUCAUUAUUAAUAAUGUUAACUUCAAUAGUUCUCAGAGGAAGGGUUCUUGCAAAGAUGCUGAGCAACUGGAGAGAGUAUUCACGUGGCUUGGUCUGGAUGUGAGGACUUAUACAGAUCUGACGUCUCGAGAGAUUAUCAAUCUCAUGGAAACUUGGCAGCGUGUGCCAGAUCACAAAGACAGGAACUGUUUUAUAUGUUGUAUUCUAUCUCAUGGAAAGUCAGGAGCAAUCUAUGGGACAGAUGAAAAACUUGUGUCAAUCCGUGUGCUUACAUCCCACUUCACUGCCAAACAAUGUCCCCAGCUGGCUGCAAAACCCAAACUCUUCUUUAUCCAAGCAUGCCAGGGUGACAAGAUACAGUGUCCUGUCUAUGUUGUUACUGAUGGACCAACUCCUGACUUGUCUUCCAUGCAAGAGAGAGUUGUUCUUUCUGAAAGCAUUCCUGAAGAGGCUGAUUUCCUCCUAGGCAUGGCCACAGUUGAUGGCUAUGUCUCUUUCCGGCACAUGGAAGAGGGCAGUUGGUAUAUUCAGGCCCUCUGCAGCAAGCUACAAUUGUUGGUACCAAGGGGUGAAGAUAUUUUGUCAAUUCUUACAGAAGUUAAUGAAGAUGUGGCCAGACGUGAUAGCCCUUCAGGGACAAAGAAGCAAAUGCCCCAACCAGCAUAUACCUUAAGAAGGAAAUUUAUAUUCCCAAUACCUAUGGACCCUCCUCCUUCAGAGCAAUAUCAGUGCUUUUAAUAAACAAAAUUUUAUCAUCUCAUUUAAAUGCAGUUCAUCACACUACCUUUUUUAAGAUAUUUAGCCAAAACUUUGAAAAUCUGUUAGCUUCGAUGCAAGGCCUUAUAAAUUUUUUGUCAAACAAACUCUGAAACUGGAGGAGACACAAUUAAAAUAAUCAAUGUGCCAGCUAUUUACAUCAUCUCUAUAUUCAGAGUUAUCAGUGUUGGAAAAACCACACAGAGUAACUCGUGUUAAACAUUUUUUUACCUGCACAGGCUGCAGAUACAAUAGGUUGUUCCUCACAGCAUAGGGAUUGCAUGUAAGCUUUCAUAUUUAAACCAGGAUUGUUAAUGGUCUGGUUUAGAUUCAUCAAGUUUUAUUUUGCAGGCUAACGAUUUAAAAUCCUGUUUCUAAAUCCACUAGUUAUGUUCAUAGAGAGAAAAAAAUGGGAAUGAAGAGACAAAACCUUAAGUAGUAAGUGGAAAAGGAUUUCUUCAAUCUCUAAUGAAAAUUACAUUUAACUUAAUAAAGAACCAAUUUCCAACUGAAAUCAGCAAUUUGUUCCACAGUGCCCUCAAAUGUCCAGCAUAAGCUUCAAGUACAAUGGAAUUUUCCAAAACUGAGUAAAGCCAAAAUGCUGCUUAUUAUUCCCUCUGUGAAACCUUGUGAAAUGUUAUUUCCCCAUCACUUCUGAGAAAAUUUAUGGUAGAAGAUUUGCAUGCUGUGAAAUACAGCAGUCAGAUUAACUUUGUUAAACCUUGCAGUUUUAAAUUAUCAUUUGUUGGUUUAGGAUCUAAAAUGCAACCAGUUUCUGAAGGCUCCUAUGGACUAAGCUGCUGACAGAAUUUUGUGAGUUAACUGAAAUAAUGCCAUGUCGUUUUGUUAUGAACACUUACUACAUAUGCCUGUGUCUUUCCUGUUUGUUAUUACAUUAAAUUCAUACUUUUUAA